AGGCCAGAGUCUCGUUCGUUAUCGGAAUUAACCAGACAAAUCUCACCACCAACUAAGAACGGUCAUGCAUUACCAACCACUGGAUCAAGAAAGAGCUAUCAAUCUUUCAAUCCUCACAGUGUCGGGCCGACCACAGGCUCCACUCCUGGUGGUGCCCUUCCGUCAAUUCCUUUAAGUUUCAGCUUUGCAACCAUACUUCACCCGGAACCCAAAGACUUACGGGUUUCCCGGAGACUGCCCGCGGGGACGAUAUGUACAACCUCCGCGGAUCGUCAGUUGGCAUCGUUUAUGGUCAGAACUAGGACGGUAUCUGAUCGUCUUCAACCUCUGACUUUCGCUCUUUGUCAAUGA